AUGUUUGGCCCGGAGAAUGAGAACAAGUCACGCAAGUGCAAAUGCUGCGACGCAUGGAUCUCAUUCAAGCAGAGCAGCACACGUUCGGGAAUGCGACACUAUCUUGGGCAGCACAAUGCACACUACGCCAUCUGGAAGCGUAUGUAUGAGGGUGGGCUCGUCCCGUCUGACGCUACAUUCCCUGAGGGCGGUUACCGCGGGGUGCCUCACGGUGGCACACCCUGGCCUUAUGCGGACGCGUACCCGAAUGUCCCCCCUGAGGCUCUAGAGGGAGGGGCACUUGGUGUGGGGGGUGGGCAGGGUACGAUGGAGCAGUUCAUGGCGCCAAAGCUUGCGAAGAAGGAGCUGCGAGCCGCCAUUGCGAAGUUCGUGGUGAUGACCGACAGCUCGUUCCGCGUCGUCGACACUGACGCGUUCAAAGAAAUGCUCACUGUGGCCAACCCACUUUGCGGGGAGCCAAAUGUCCUACCAUCUCGCUGGACGGUUGCCCGUGACGUGACGAGGUACGCCGACAUGGCACGGGCGUUGGCCAGGGCCGAGCUGGAGCUGGCCGUGGAUGAGGUAUUGCCACUGUUCCGGGUGUGCUUCACCACUGACAUCUGGUCGUCAGUGACGAAGCGCAGUUACAUGGUCGUGACCGCGCACUGGAUCUCGCCUGACUGGCAGCUGCGACAGGCCACCCUCGAUUUCGGGGAGAUGUCGGCGGGGCACACGGGGGCGGACAUCGCGAAGCGGUUUGAGGAGGUGGUCACAGCAUGGAACUUGGUGGGGCGUUGUCAUGGCAUCACCACCGACAACGCCUCGAACAACGAUUCGGCAGUCAGGGAGCUGUCCGAUGAUGAUACCCGCUUUCCACUCAUUGACAAGGACAUGUGGUUCAGGUGCAUGGCGCAUGUGCUGAACCUUGCUGUCCAGAAAGCGCUCGCUGUAGACACAGUCAAGGAGGCUCUGAAGCGCAUCCGUGAUACGGCCACAUUCGUUGGCAUGUCGCCUAAGUGCAUGGAGCGCUUCAGGAAGGAGCUGAAAGAGAGCUAUCCAGCAUUGGCUGCCCUCAAGCUGGUGAUCGAUUGCGAUACCCGCUGGGGGUCCACCUUUGCCAUGGUGGCACGUGCUCUGCGUCUUCGUCGGCCAUUGACCUCGCACUUCGCGAACGAGCAGGAAGAGAAAGAUAAGUACGCAUCUUUGCGCAUGACUGAUGAUCACUGGGCGGCACUGGUGGCGUUGAAGGGGUUCCUAGCGCCCUUCAACGCCAUCACCAAGGCAGCUGAAGGGAGUGCGUACCCGACUGUGACCACCAUUGUGCCGUACUACAACCUUCUUCUCGACACACUUGAGAAGAUUUUGAAGGAUGCCACAAACCCCCCCUCAGCCCUCCUUCGUGAUCUCGUUAAUGCAGCAUUGCCGGUACUGCAGAAGCACUAUGACAAGAGUACAGACGAGCUUACGGUCGCCACCUUCCUUGACCCUGGCCUGAAGAUGGCGUACUUUGCGAUGCCAAGUGUGCCGGAUGUUGCGCAGGUGCCAACGGAUCAGGUGCUGCGCUUGGUGCGCUCGCGCUGGGAGUCGUACCACACCUCGCAGAGGUUGGCAGCAGCUGCAGUAGCACCACCUGUCCCUCCAGUGGUGGUGAGAGAGCCCACGGCUGCUGUCGAUGGGGAGGAGGAGGAUGAUGAGGGCGGGAACAUCGCUAGUCGCUCUAGCUUGCUUGCACGUAUUGCGGCUAGCGUGGAGGGUGGGGGGGUGAGAGGUUCCGGGGGGGACGAGAUCGAUAGGUACAUGCUGGAGGAGCUUGUGCAGAACGUCUCCCCCCUUGAGUACUGGCGUGACAAGCGAGACAUGCCCGUGCUCAAGGCCAUGGCCCGCGACUACCUUGCCAUACCCGCUUCGUCUGCUGCCAGUGAGCGUGUGUUUUCGAUGAGCAGGAACCUCAUCACGUGGCAACGACACAGGUUGAGCGAUGAGAGGAUUCGCGAUGCCAUGACAUUGCGUGCCUUUUUCGCAAGCCACCCAGGAGUUUCAUUGGAGGAUGCGUCCACAGGCACAGUCGGUGCGACAGGGGCACCGCCUGCCAUUGUGGAUAUUGGGGUGGAGGGUGAGGGCCCAGCGGAUAUGUAG